UGGGCUGUUCUGAAAGCAAAACGCACAAACUCCUAACACGUAGCGCGUUUUACAGAAUGACGGAUUUGAUCCUCUGCGUUCAUUUCCCCAUGUGACUUGGUGCCUUGGUGUUGUGUGGUGCUCCUGCCACCCCCGGAGCCGCGCGGUGCAGGCGGCCCUGCCGAGUCAGUUUGAAAAGAUCAGACAAAGGCAGCAGGAAGCGCCUCGGCUUGGCAAUGCGCGCGAGCGGAGCGCAGACGCGACGCGGAAGCUCGGGCUGUUUUACACGGAUAGCGGUCUGAACCGACGCUCACACAGCUCGCGAUUCUUCACCCGCUCUCGGCUUUGAGGCAGUUUCAAAGAUCUUUUUGUCCGGGGGGGGAGGAGGAGGAGGAGGAGGAGGAAUGUACGACCGCCUGGAUCCUCGCGCACAGCGGAGACGGUGAUCGCAGGACGCACAGCGUCGUGUGACCGAGCGCGAGCGCGUCGCCUCCGGUUUAGUGUCGGUUUGUGUCGGAGAGCCGCUUUUCUUCUCCCCCCCCCGCGUCCCUCCUCCAGACCCCCUGCGCGUCCCACGACUUGAUCGAUUUACACACUUAAAUGUAGAAAAGAAACGCAACCGGAGGUUUGGAGGAUCUUUUUCAUCAUUUUUUCCCUCCUUAAGCAAAGGGGGAAGUGAACUUGUGUACAUUUUUACGCGCAUGUUAAGAUGGAGACUCACGUCUCGUGUCUCUUCCCAGAGAUUUUAGCCAUGAUUUUCAGUUACUUGGACGUGAGGGACAAAGGCCGGGUGGCCCAAGUGUGCACAGCAUGGAGAGACGCGUCCUACCACAAGUCCGUGUGGAGGGGGGUAGAAGCCAAGCUGCAUCUCAGGAGGGCAAACCCAUCCCUGUUCCCCAGCCUUCAGGCCCGGGGCAUCCGGAGGGUGCAGAUCCUCAGCCUGAGGCGCAGCCUGAGCUAUGUGAUCCAGGGCAUGCCCAACAUCGAGAGCCUGAACCUGAGCGGCUGCUACAACCUGACUGACAACGGCCUGGGGCACGCUUUCGUGCAGGAGAUCUCCUCGUUGCGUGUUCUCAACCUGAGCCUGUGCAAGCAGAUUACAGACUCCAGCUUGGGCAGGAUAGCUCAGUACCUGAAGAACUUAGAGGUGCUGGAGCUGGGUGGCUGCAGCAACAUCACAAAUACUGGCUUGCUGCUGAUUGCGUGGGGUUUGCACAGACUCAAGAGCCUCAACCUGAGAAGUUGCAGGCACGUCUCCGACGUGGGCAUCGGACACCUGGCAGGCAUGACCAGAAGCGCGGCUGAGGGAUGCCUCACCUUGGAGUACCUCACGCUUCAGGACUGCCAGAAGCUCACGGACCUGUCUCUCAAGCACAUCUCCAAAGGCUUGGCCAGGCUCAAAGUUCUCAACCUGAGCUUCUGCGGGGGCAUCUCAGAUGCCGGCAUGAUUCACCUGUCCCACAUGUCCAGCCUGUGGAGUCUUAACCUGCGCUCGUGUGACAACAUCAGUGACACGGGCAUCAUGCAUCUCGCCAUGGGAACACUACGACUUUCCGGCUUGGACGUGUCUUUCUGUGACAAGAUCGGCGACCAGAGCCUGGCGUACGUAGCCCAGGGCCUUUACCAGCUGAAGUCCCUGUCUCUGUGCUCGUGCCACAUAAGCGACGACGGCAUCAACCGGAUGGUGCGCCAGAUGCACGAGUUGAGGACCCUGAACAUUGGCCAAUGUGUGCGGAUUACAGACAAAGGCCUGGAGCUCAUAGCGGACCAUCUGACCCAGCUGACCGGCAUUGAUUUAUAUGGAUGUACAAAAAUUACUAAGAGGGGACUGGAGAGGAUAACACAACUCCCCUGCCUUAAAGUUUUGAACCUCGGCCUUUGGCAGAUGACUGAAAGUGAAAAAGUGCGGUAAAACUUAGGUGAGAUCGUGCAGGGGAGGGGGAGGGGUGUGACGUGGGCGGGGAAUUUACGUUAUUCUAAAUGGGGGAAAUCCGGAUUAAAGCAAUUCAGAUUUAUUCGCCUGGGCAGAAAAUAUGAACAGUAUUUCAUCUGGCCUCUUAUUAACCCUUUCAGUCAGAGUGUGUUGGUGUGCAACACUUUAAAACAAAAAAAAGUUUUUAAUCUCUAACCGGUUGCAAUACUAGUCUAAAUCAUGUCCUUCCCUACUAAAUGUUGCGCCUAAAACAUUUCGGCUACCUCGUACCUGUGUUCGUAACUCGUAUCCUUAAAUGAAAAAGGCGGAUAUGGAGAUAAAUUGUGCCUAGGAAGCAGCCCCCUCCCCCAUCUCAUUUCUCGCCUGAGAAUAGCAUAAAAAAAGGAAGAAAAAAAAAAGCAGAAUGGCUUAACUACCUUUGUUAAUUUUUGCCUAAAACGACCAACAAAAGGCUGAAACGAAGCGACGACGCGGCGAGUCAAAGCACAGAUUGUUUUUAGCUCGGACCGAAUUGAGUUUAUGCAAAGACGGAUGAAUACUGGUUUGUAUACAAAGAGCUUUUUUUAUAUAUAUAUUUUUUUCAUCCUGUUUAGUUUUGGAUUCGAGGACUUGCGAAAGCCUUUUUUUUUUUUUUUUUCGAUUCAAGCUUUGAAUAAGAGGUCCGCUCUGCUGAUGUAUUCAUGCUUAUGUAAGCAGAUAUUGUUUAAUUAAUGAAUUAACGGCUGUUAUUCAGAGCAUUGUACUUCAGAGCAUUGUACUUCAAAUUGAAGUGAAUUUUUUUUGGGGGAACAGAAAAAAUAUCUGCGUCAGUAGCUAAUUCUACAGUCUCAUCAACAUUAUUAUUAUUAUUAUUAUUAUUAUUAUUAUUAUUAUUAUUAUUAUUAUUAUUUUUAGCUUCCUCAAUAGACUAUAGGUCACACACCAAAUUUAAAGCCUACAUUUAUUUUGCCCUCAUUUUAAACAAGCUAAUGUUUAAAUCUCACCUAGAAGGACUUUGUUCAACUGAUAAGGAUUUUUUUUUUUCCUUCGUUCUUUUUUUUUUUUUUUUUUUUUUUGGCCCCUCUUUCGGGUAAGGAGCAUCGCGUAUCAGGCCUGUGUGUAUGAUAUGAUGUACUGAGUCCUGCUGAAAAGCUACUGUGUUUUAAAUGUACUGUAUGUAUUUGUAAAGAAAAAGAAAAUCUCAAAUUGUUUUAUAUUCUUACAGUAAACAUUAAAGCUGAUAUUUAUGUAAUUAAAAAAAAAAAAAGGA